AUGUUUCCUUUUUUCAGUUACUUUAACUUUUUCUUCUUCUUUGUGGCUCUCUUUAUUUGCCGCCCAUGCUUUACCGCGAGGAUUAUACCGGAAUCCGUAACCGUAAUAACAACUUCUGAAAAACACAACGCCACGUGGCACAAUUUCUCAAGCUUUCUUCACGCGGAACGAGGCAGCCACGUCACCGGCAUGGCGGAGCUGAAGAAGUAUUUCCACCGUUUCGGUUAUCUUACUCAGCCGAACACGACGUCGAAUUUCACGGAUAAGUUCGAUUCGAACUUCCAGUCAGCCGUGUUACUCUAUCAGAAACAGCUCGGUUUGCCGUUAACAGGAAAACUUGAUACUGAGACUAUAUCAACGAUUGAGUCUCCGAGGUGUGGUGUUUCGGAUACCGCGACGCGUAGAAUACACACCACGCGUCACUUCGCUUACUUUAACGGGAAACCCCGGUGGCUUCGUGGCUCUCCGAUGACUCUUAGUUAUGCUUUCUCACCGUAUGAUAUGAUUGAUACGCUUAGCUUAUCGGACAUCCGAACGGUUUUCGAACGUUCUUUUAAGCGGUGGGCGUCGGUGAUUCCGGUCAGUUUUCGUGAGACGGAGAAAUAUCAAUCGGCGGAUAUUAGAAUCGGAUUUUAUUUCGGCGAUCACGGUGACGGAGAACCGUUUGAUGGUGUUUUGGGGGUUUUAGCGCAUGCUUUCUCUCCUCAGAAUGGAAGAUUUCAUUUGGAUGCAGCAGAAAAUUGGGCCGUUGAUUUUGAUCAUGAUGAUUCAAGGAUAGCCGUUGAUUUGGAAUCAGUUGUGACGCACGAGAUAGGUCACGUGCUUGGGCUUGGGCAUUCAUCUAUAAAAGAAGCAGUUAUGUACCCAAAUAUAAGCCCAAGGAAGAAAAAAGUUGACUUGAAAAUUGAUGACGUGGAGGGGGUUCAAUCUCUUUAUGGUUCUAAUCCAAACUUUAGUUUAAGUGCUUUGUUGCAGUCUGAGAAUUCUUAUAAUCUAGCGGUUCGGUUAGAAACCGGUUUCUCUAAAUGGAUAUUCUCUUUAGAACUUGCCUUGUUGAUAUUAUUUUUGGGUUCUUGA